UCAAGAAUGGUUAUUGAGUACAAGUGGAUUAAGUACAGGAGAAUAUUUGAAUGGAACCGGAUUUGGUUGUGUUUAUCCUAACGGAUAUGGAAUCAAUUAUUUACCCGGGGAACACAUAUUUAAAUUUGGGAUUGAGUCAAAACGUUCAUCAUCGGAAACAAAUACCAAGGCAUUUAGAGAAAGUUUAUUGAAAGCAUUAAGGGAUAUGAGGAAAGUAUGCGAAGAAGUAAAUGGUAAAUACUCUGAACAUAAUAAAUUAUAA